AUCAGUGAGCAGUAGGCGGGAUUUUUUUUGUCCCAAUCCAGGAAGUGGUUGAGAGUGUAUUCCCGAAAUGUAGUUUGUACCAAUACAUCUCAUUUAAAAACAAAGCUAUAGAUUUACCCCGAUAUAUUUUUCAAGCUGUAUGGAAAUUCUCUUAAUACUGUGUUAUAGCACUGACAGGUCAUGGAGUUUCCAGAAGGAUUUGACCAGCUGGAGCUGUUAGAAACCCACGGCCACAUGAUCCCUGUGAGGACGGAGAGCGGCUGGGACGAGGAAGAAGACAGUUAUGAUGAGGAUGAUGAAGGACAGCACAGUGAGGAAUGGUACCAAGAAGAGGAACUCAGACGAAAAGAUAAUCCUGUGGAGCUGAUGCUCUGGGCUGCUGAGAAGAACCGAUUGUCCACAGUGGAGCGUCUGGCUGCGUCCGAUCCGUCCCUCCUUAAUUGCCGUGACGACGACGGUUACACGCCUCUCCACCGUGCGUCGUACAGCGGCCACGCCCUCGUCGUGUCCUUCCUUCUGGAUUCGGGCGCUGACCUACACGCCAGGACGGUGGACGGCUGGACGCCUCUGCACAGCGCCUCCUGCUGGGGACACGUCGCCAUCGCAUCAUGUCUCCUGCGCCGGGGGUCAGAGGUCAACGCCAUGACCAACGGUCAGCUUACACCUCUGCAGCUCGCAGCGGGAAACCCUGCAGCGCUGCAGACCCUCGAGCUUCUGCUGUCUCAGCGCAGCCUGCAGGCGGGACUGAGGAACAGCGCCGGGGAGACGGCGUACGACAUCGCGCUCAGGAAAACAGCCCACUUCGGCCUGUUCGAGAUCGCGGAGCCGUGCAACAACGUCUGCUGAGAUCCAGGUGUACGGUUUUUGGACAAAAUGUGGAGCAGGCAGAAAGCGCGAGAUCGCUGAAAGGUUCUGAAAUCCCCGGAAAUGUUUCUCUGACUGAAGAAUCAUUUUUAUUAAUGAAACUCGCUAUUACUAGAGAUGCAGCGAUACUGAUCCCGGUAUCAAUAAUCCCUGAAUAAGCCCUCAUUUUUACUCAGAAACUGUAAUGAAAGUGAAGUACAAUAUUGCUGUGGGUCGUGUUUACACACAGUCUCGUGACCUAAUGCAUGAUUUACGGAUGAUUUAUUUACACGGGGAAAGGGACAGCGGAAUUCGUCUCGUCUCGUGUGUGGAACAGCAUCUAAACGUCAUGUUCUGAGCGACAAUAACACUAAUAAAGCACUGAGAAAGUCACUUGGACAAUCAAUAAACAACAAACAGGAAGUGAGUUAUUGUGUUUGUUUGUUUGUUCUCUUUUUGUGUUGUUUGAUUGCUCAUGCUGCAUCACAACAAACUCGGAGGAAAGCCCUGUCUGCCCUCUUCCACAUACAUGAGCUCAAAGAUGCCACUGACUGGCUCCUGAUUGACAGGUGAGAGAGAUUAUGCCCCUCCCACCCCGUGGGCCGCUUUGUUCGGUUGAGUCCCGGUCACGGACGGCUGUGACGUCGUCAGGAUUCGAACUUGCGAUGAACUUUUUUUACGAUAGCAGCAUUUACUCGGAGCCUUCUCCCCAUUAACGUAUUUUAUAGUUGUGUAAUAAAUACGGAUCC